AUGUUUAAACACCAAACAAACAUACCCCCAAAGGUUAUUAUCACUCAGAAAGUGAUACUGAUAAGGAAAACCCAGAAAAUGGCAAGCUUUGUGAGGAUUACUGGGUAUGCUAUGUGGGUGAUGAUGACAUACUUAACGAAUAUUUGGAAGCUGAGUUUCACGCACGCUGCUGGGAUAAUUAACAUUUGGGGCGGCUUAGCAUCCAUAUUACCUUUAGUUUUUGCCUUCAUUGUUGACACCCUAUUGAGUAACUAUGCCAUGCUUUUGAUCUCCAGUAUUGCCUAUAGCAUUGGCUUGGGCUUACUGGCAAUGUCAACACCACCAGUCCUCUCUGAUUCCACUGGCACAUGCAGUGAAUACAAGCCAGAAUGCAUUGGCCAAACACAAAAGGUCCUCUUCUACACUGCUUUAGCUCUGAUAGCAGUGGGAAUAUCUGGCCACAUAGUAUCUCUAAUUUCAUUCCUCACUGAACAAACUACUGAUCAUCCAAAGGGCAAUGAAAAUGAUAGUGAAAGAAAAGCUCCAUUUCAAGUGGCAGGCGCCUUUAGUGUUAUACUUGUCGCCAUUGGUGGAGGUAUUGCACUUCCAUAUAUAAAGCCAUGGUCAAUCCGGUUUGGAAUCCCAGCAAUAUGUACCUUGGUGGCGACACUUCUAUUUAUAAGUGGGACCUGGUCAUAUAUACAUAAUGGGCCAAAAGGGAGUCCAGGAACAACUGUGUUCAGAGUUUUGGUGGCCUCUGCUUCGAAAAUAUGCCAGCCGCAACCAAAUGGUGCUAAAGUGCUUUAUAAGAAAGCUGACUCUAAUGGCCUGCCUCAUACCGAUGGACUUCGGUAA